AUGGCUUCAAAGAGAGGUCGUGGUGCCUCUGGCAACAAGCUCAAGAUGACUCUCGGUCUACCAGUCGGAGCCGUGAUGUCCUGCGCUGACAAUUCGGGUGCCCGAAAUCUCUACAUUAUCUCAGUCAAAGGCAUCGGUGCCCGUCUCAACAGACUCCCCGCGGCUGGUGUAGGCGAUAUGGUCAUGGCCACAGUCAAGAAAGGAAAGCCGGAGUUGAGGAAGAAAGUCAUGCCUGCGGUCAUCGUCAGACAAUCAAAGCCUUGGAGGCGGCUGGACGGUGUCUAUCUCUACUUCGAAGACAACGCUGGAGUGAUUGUGAAUCCCAAGGGUGAAAUGAAAGGCUCUGCGAUAACGGGUCCGGUCGGAAAGGAGGCUGCAGAGCUCUGGCCCAGAAUAGCCAGCAACAGCGGCGUGGUGAUGUGA